GUUCGAUUGGGGGGGCCUUCAGCCCUGAGCCCUGGAACAUAUUUAUACAGUUACGUCUAGCGAGCCAAUAAAAGUCCAACUCGUCUGUACGACUUACCUUUCUUUGAGAAAUCAUGUCUGUGCUCUAUCCAACAAAAAAGGAGAUUGAGCUCCAUGUUGAUGAAAAGCGUACACCUCUGUUAGAACUGAGUCAUGCGCAUCUGUCAUGAGUGAUGGAGGGCUACCAGAAAGAUGUAGUUGAAUUUUCACCGAUCGUCGUAUCAAAUUUUUGUAACCUUCGUGUGUCGAUAUUCUCUUAGGGUCGCUGAACCCUGAUGCCUUCUCCAGCACGACCUCAGCAUUCCAAUCCCCAUUCAAAUAGAGAAUUAUUUGCAAACCGUUUAUUCCCGUACUUACAAUUUCUUCCCCAAACUAUAAUCUGGAGUCUUCAACAUUACUUUUACUAGGUGAAGGUUUAGAUUGGCACUUCCCUUAUUCGUUGUUUGGCGAGCGUACAAAAUUCGUACCCAAAGGAAGCGCAUCAAUGCGUUGUGGAUAUAAUAUGGCGAUUAUCUUCAACUAGCUGAACAUUGGUGUCGCUCGGAUUCGUGUAGUAUACUAGCUCUCCGUUAUUUUAUUAUAAGAAGUUACACUGCUCAGUAACCAACCGUAAUGAUCAGUCCAAAAAAAGUUUGUGUUUGUUCAUAUAUAUAAGCCACGUACAGGUAAGAACAAGCACAUUUUCAAAUCAACAUUUAGGGAGUCAAGGACGAUGGACCGUGUUCAAUCACGUCGUUCGAUUUUGAUUCUAGAAAAUUGAAAUUCCUUUCUUUUUAUGUUGACUGUUUUUACAACAGCGGAUGUUUAAUAUUGGCCUGUGAUCCUAAUUACGACUAAGCAAGAUGCCGAAGGCGGCGAAGCAGAAGGAUUUGGGCAAUGUGGAGAUCGGGGAUUUCAAGCGCGAAAUCUACCAGCAGGAGAAGGAGCUGGACUCCGCAGCCCAAGCUGUGGCCCGUGAGAAUGCGAUGGUCUCGGCUGCUAUCCUCUACGUCGGCUUGCAAGCCGCGAUCGAGCGCGGUGCGUUCGACGGCGUCGACACUGAGGCGAUCGUCGCUGAACUGUCGCAGUUCAAGGAGGAUGGCCUGGAGUUGAGCAAAGGCGCGAUCGAGUUCCUGCGCGACAAUGCUUCCGCCGUGAUGAAGGGUCUCGACGGCGAGGAAACCAAGGCGGUGCUGAAUGGCUGCAAGAACCUGGCCGAUUUGGGCGCGGAGCAGUUCCAAGUGCUGGGAAAGUUCCUGAGCGAUGCGGCCGCGGGUCUCGGCAGCGCCGUUGGCGACAUUCCGUGGGACGCGCUGGGCGACAACGUCGGAGAUAUGGCCGUAGCGGCCGCAGCCGCUUUUGCCGAGGCUGGUCGGUGCGCCGGUAAACUCAUGUCCGAUGCCUGGGAGCAGCUUUCGGCUGAGGAUCAAUUCGCAGCUGCCGGUGGUGAUGAUGACAAAGCGGCAGGGAUCAGCAAGGCCCUUGAAGAGAUGUCUAAGUAUCAUGCUAAACAUUUUUACAUGUCGAUAUCAGCUUUUGUAUCCUGCGAACGCAACAUGUUCAUUGAAUAACAAGCAAUGCGGUAUACGUUUAGCACAUGAUGAAAACAAAUGGCCAGUUUUCAUUAUUUCAAAAGAGUGUAACGAAUUUACUACCUUUUACUCAGGACCGGUGCCGGUCUGGCUGCCGACGUCGUCGAGGCAUUACCGUCGAUCUGCGAUAAGCUGAAAGACCAGGGAGUGCAACUUCUACAGAAGGCCGUUGCGGUCCUAAAACGCGCUGGCGACGACCCGCUGAUCGGGGAGCUGUGGGACAAGCUGGGCGAGGUGGUUGCCGCACUCUCUGAGGCCGGACGCGAGGUGGCUGCAGUGGCCAUCGAGAACGUUGGCCCGGCGAUGGACGUCGUCCAAGAGUUCAGCGCUGAUCUCAUGAGCGGCGCAGCGGCAGAGGCGGCCGCCGAGAACGCUAAAAUCGCAGGCGCGAUCUUGCUGAAUGCGCUCGCUGCGGCUCCGGACGUAGCUGAGGAGGCGAUCGCCAGCUUGAAGAAGCUGAAGGAGGACGCGGCGCCCCUUGUCGGCAGAGCGUUGGCGCAGGUGAAAUCGUCCUUGAACGACGCCCUGUCCAAAGUCCCGGACGUGGAUCUGGAAAAAUUGCAGAAGGCUGUUGCGUACGCUGCGCAGUGCGGUAUGGCAGGCAUGCACGACUUGUUCGAGGCCAUCAGCUCCUUCGUCAGCGGGGCUAUUGCGAAUCGCCCAGACUUGCCAAAGAUUGAUUUGCCUCCGUUGAGAGAGAUGAAGGAAAUGCUGAUCGCGGGUGCAGCAAUUGUCGCGUUCGCGAGCGUGGCGCCGCUCAUCGGCAUGGCCGCAGGCAUUGCGCUGGCCGCGGAAGCGGUCAAGGUCGAGGACCUCAAAAAGGCCGGCGAGGUGAUGCUGGAUGCGUUGAAUAAGCUGAAAGAAGACGGCGCCGAGGUCGCGGACGACGUUUUGGAUGCGCUCACAAAAAUGAAGGAGGAGGGCGUGCCGAUGGCCAAGGAGGCGUCUUCCGCUGUCGGGGGCUUCCUCAGUGAAAACCUUUUGGACAAAGUAUCCGAUGAGGAUGUGGAGAAGCUGCAGAAAGCAGUCGGUGCCGCGGCAAAGGCUGGCGUUGAGGGCAUGAAGGAACUCUUCGAUGCAAUCCAGGUUGCAGUUGAUGCCGCGAUUGAGGCUGGCCGCGAGCUGGCUAAGGUCGAUUGGGCCUCUAUCGCCGCGGGAGCAGGUGGCAUGAUCGGACAGGUAAAAGUCCUAACGGUCUCUUCAAUUUUUGGAGAUCAUGUUGUUUUCAGUUAUAUACACUUGCAUGAUUAUUUUUUUGGAUUUAAGAGUUCGUGCAUCUAGGAUGGAUAUUGUUCUGGUAGCUGGACGGAAUUCUUCUGAUUCGGCUGGUAUUUUUUGUAUUUCAUUUUCCACAUACUUUUUAUCUACAGGGCGCUGCAUUGGUCACCGAUGGCAUUGAGGAUUUGCAGCCCUUGUACAAGAUGGCGCGAAGCGAAGUGACCGACGCCAUGAAUGCUCUCGUCGGUGCAACAGUGACCGGAUGCGCUGCAUGCAUGGACUUGCUGAAGUUGGAAAUUUUCCGUGAUGUUUUCCAGGCCCUCGGUGUCUUCUUUGCGCGCCUGUUCGCGGGCGUCAGCGGAGGCCUCACUGCCACAGGUACCGCCAUUUGGGGCUUUAUCGGAAAUUUGAUUGCCAUCGAUUGGGGUGAGAUUAUCCCGGUGAAGGUCUUGAUCAUCGUUGCGAUCGUGGCACUAGUCAUUGUGGCAAUCAUUCUUGUCGGCUUUUUCAUCUGGUUCCUCUACAUCGCAAUUACCGAGCAGACAGACGCACUGCGCGAAGGACACGAGGCAGAGAACUGGGUCCAGAAGCAGAAGGAGCAACAAGGCAAAGUCUGGAAAAUGGGCAUGGUUCUUACCGCAGCCCUUUCGAUCUACUUGCCGCUUGCAAGAACAUCCUUCGAAAUCUUGUAUUAAGUAUAAUUACUUCCUAUUUUGCCAAUAAGUGCUAGUUUCAGAAGAUAGUUCAUCGAUAUCAAACCAGCCUUUCCGAACCAGACAGAGUCAGCCUUGACGUUUAUCGCGAGUUCUCUCUCGCUUGCUCUUCCAUCAUCUUAUCGCGAUGUGUGCUUAUUAUAGGUACUGCGACGUCGCGUACAAGUGGUUCUUGGCCGACAAUCUGAAGGAAGACAUUCUGUUGUGUGAUUCCGGUCUUAUGGUCGGCAUUGCGGUCUUUUUUCUCCUUAUUUUCGUGAUUCCGCUGCCGAUUUUGGCAUUCUGGCUGGUGUCGAAGAACAAGCCCCAAGGAAGUCCCGAGAACCCGGACGUGACGUACGAUGAGGAUGGUUUUGAGGUGCCCUUCACGGACAAGCUGUAUCAUGAACGCGUAAUGACCGAUCCAGACCAGCUUGCUUGCCCGUACCGCAGCUUGUACUUGGGUUUUGAGCGCAAGUGGGCGUUUUACAAGGUGGCAAUGAUGCUCUUCAAAUUCGCCCUGGUGAUGCCCAUCAUCUUUGCGGCGACGAAAUAUUCCGAGGCGGAGUACGUGACAUAUCAGCAGUGCAUCGAUAAACCCGAAGGUUUCGGUGAUUAUGGCCAUAGACCACAAAAUAAUCAGACGCGAUUUUUACUAGCUUCCACCUAUUUCGCAGACAUCCAUACUUUACGGUCAAGAUAAGUUUAAGUACUUACAUAUACUAUUCAGUAUAUCGUCUUCGAGUUCAUAGCAAUAGCAUACUAGAGCAGCAGAUGCUCAUGCAUUAUUGCGACAUGUGUAGAAAUGCUUGAAGUUGAACACUGAACUGAAAUGCUUGAAGUUGAACAUCAUUUAACUGAGCUCGAAGCUGUUGCUGGUUCAGCACAGAGUAAUUAAGCACUUACUUACAAUGGUAAUCGAACUAUUUUUCCUGAUGCUGUCGUCCGUAUCUUCCUCUAAUUUGUUAUUGCCAAGAGCCCACCCGCGGUCGGCGUGGCUCCGGGUAAGGAGAAAACUGGAUGUGAGGAAUACAUGAAGGACGUGCAUGGAGUGAAGCCGAAUCCGAUGCAGGGUCUUGCGACGCUCAUCGUUGUCGCGCUCUUUGCCGGUUUCUCGACUUACUCGGCUCCCUUCGUGGAUCCCAACAGCGAUCGCAUGGACAUCAGUGGUCGUGUCGCCAUGACCGUAACCGUCGCGAUCGCACUUGUGUAUGCACUCGCUACGCCGAAGAUCGGUGGCGGACUCGACGUUGUUCUGGGUAUCACACUAAACGCGGCGAACGCCGUGAACUUCAUCUUCCUGGUUGGCUGUCUGCUCGUAGGCUUUCCCUGCUUGCGCUCUUGGUACAAGAACAAAACUGGACGGAUCGACUUUGCUGAUACGGGCAGCAGAAACACGCGCUUCCUCAGCUGCAAAGAGGCCAUUCCCGGUUGGGACCUUGCGCGCGAGAUCAAGCACCGAAUUUGGCACUCCUUCUGGAACACGGUCCUGCUUAACGCUUGCGGCGAAGAGGUUGCAGCUCGUAUGCUGGAGCUGAAGGCGAAGACGCGUUCCUUCGGUUUGGAAAAGAUCAAGAUGCAUUGGGCAGGCUUCAACGAUGCGGAAAUCGCGGCGCUGCGCAUGGAAGUGCGACAGCAGUGGGAAGGUAUUAUUUGUUUCUGUUUGUUUUACGAGCUCAACGCUACAGGCAGUUUUUACAAAACUCUCAUGAAUUUGUGAUCACGUUGACCUCAAAGAACGUUCAACGAAGACAUACUUCUAGGUCGUAGUGCGCAUGAAUUUUAAGUACGUAUAAUGAGGAUCUCACCAAAUGUGCAUACUCCUUACUACUAGGUGUCGAUUUGUACUGGGACGACGCGACGGGUACUUUGGACAAAAAUCUGGAUAGCGCUUCGAAUUUCGGUAAGAUGUACGUGACGCCCUACCCGUUUCACAUGGUCAUGGUGUACGACGACUGCGAUGAUGUCUCCUUCAUUUGGGGAAAUGAAAAGCUGAAGCAGUUCUUGGAGUUGAAUCAGCGGCCGGACAUUGUUGAGAAGGUCGGGAACCGCCGACGCUUCCGUGCUCUUGCUGCGGCGGACGCCGAAUUCGAAUUGCCCUUCGAUCAGAUCGAAUCUGAGACCGUUCCGGAUGGCACUGAGGAGUACCAGGACAGCGAGGGUAACACCAAGACGCGCGUGGUGUUCUCCACGGUCACGUUUACGUGCUACUACACGAACGGAAAAGUGGCACUUGGCGCGAACACGAGCAAGGCUAUGGCUGCGGGUUUCAAGCUGAGCAUGACCUACUGCGACGGCUACGGUGACGCGAUCAAACCGCGCACGGGAGAGCCCGUGCACUUCUCGAACCGCGUCUGCACUAAGGGUCGGGAUCAUCUCGGUGUGGACGACUCAUUCGACACCAACGGCCGCAUGUCUGAGGUCUUCGCUGCAUCCGGCCACCUCUGGCGUGACCAGCUGGACCCUUUGCUGGAUGGCUACGCAACUUACCGCACCGAAACGAUUGAGAGGUUCGAAGCGCUGAAGGGCAUCCUGCACAACGGCUUCUGGUUCUACGUGUACAACAAUGAGAAAAUCACGCGUCCAGAACUGCUCACCUACUUGAACGAGUUUGAAACCAACCCGGUGCUGAAAAGUUUUGGCACUGAUCACCAGGCGGGAUUGAACUUUCUUUACUUGCGUAUGCAGUGUGUCGCGCAUCCGUUGUCGGCGCUCUGGUAUGUCUUGCUAUGUUUGAAUUCAUGUUGUUGAUCUGGGUUUUGUGGAAAGGCAUUUUCUCGCAGUAAGUACUUUGUUUCAGAAUUUUGUGGUUGAAUAACUUCAAUCUAUCAAGUUCAAGUAAGUUGAUUUGUCUGUUUAUAUAAGGGACUACGCUUGAUAUACUCCUGCCUAGCAUCUCGAGCCUUGCUUCGCAAGGCAGAGAAACUCUGAGUCGUAUUUUUCACACAGAAAAAUAUCUUAAAGAUCAAAUAUUUUUUUGCACAAAAAUUUGAAUUCAUUUGCACCUCAGGUUUGUAUUGUGGGAUGAUAUCUGGGAAGAGAAUAAGGACAUGAUCGCCUUCCGUGAUUUGGAGGCUGAUAUCGCGCCUUCGUCUGGCCAGUCCAUCGCUUACCGCCCAAUGGAGCGCGAGAAGCUUGUUGAAUGGCUGAAAGAACGCAACCUGUACGGCUCCAAGGGAUGCUGCGGAGGAGAUAACCUCUUCACCGAUGACAUGCUUGAUGUCAUCUACGAGCGUAUGGAGCAGGAGAAGCAGAAGUCGGCAGUAUAAAACGACAGGUCCUUGUUGAUUGGACGGACAACUUGUGACUAUAACUGAUUCUCAAAAUUUACUUACAAAAAUGACUGUUAUCUGAACGGAUGGAUAUUGGGCUCAAUCAUAAAUUCUAGGACAUUUCUCUGUGGAACAUUGCUUAGUUUCAAUGCACUUGUCAACUUGUGGUGUGGUGCUUCACCGCAUCUGUCAAAUUCAAUUGACUUUGUUAGAACUAUGUGGGAUCGAUCCUGCAGGGUCUACAUCAAACGACACAGCAUAGUAGACUCUUUUGUGCAUAUACUGUGACUUCUGUGUCUUCUCGACGUCAUACAGCGUUUGUGGUUUGAGACAUACUAUAUACCGAUGUCUUCUUUCGCGGUCGUUAUCACGACAAGAAUCGUCCAGAUGGCUGAAGGAAAGAGAUGAUCGAAGGACUGGCACUUUUUAUCACUUUGUCGACACUGCUACAGAAAAGGUCUUGAUGUUUGUUUUUCGUAAUAUCCUUUGUUCCGAGGAGGUGCUCUCUGCUGCAUAGUAUGUCGGAGCAUCUGCGUUGAAGUCCAUGCUCUUUUGUUUGAUAGCAUAGGAUCAGGGUUGUUAUCUUGGUUGAUGAUGUAGUAACUCUUCCUCUUCGUCAUGCUACGCGGAAAAUAUGUAGGCAGGUUCUUCACGGAACUCGCUCGCGAUACAAAAAAAAAAAAUGAAUGGGCUGUAUUGCAUUGAAAAAGUGUUAUAAAAUAUUUAUCAUGCGUUCUACUCUUCGGAGGUAAAAUGUCUGAUUAGUUACUAACACUGAUACGUGAAGAGUCCUGUCAGAAAUAUUUGUACAGAUGUAAUUACAGAUGAAAUAAAUGAUGUUAUAUGAGUCGAAUUGAUACGGUAACACACUGAAGUGAAUUUAACGGAAACGACAGAAAGAUGAACUACAUGUGAAACUUUCUUUAUUAUGAAGAGGUGUUAUAAGCAAAUGUGUGCCCGCAUAAAGUGGAAGGAGGGCAUGAAAACUUUCCAAAUAAGAAAUGAACAUCUCUGCUCGUGAUCGUGUGCAUCCGCCAUGGGAAGCUAACUACAUGAUACCGCACGGAAGGCAGCAGCUCAUAGAGUCUGUGCACAUCAUUGGAGCUCUACGUAUUUUGAGUCGCAUGUUUGGAUGACAGAUCUUCAGGUCGGUUGACUCUGCCGAAAAAGGUGUGUCAUCGUGCUCUCCUUGCUGUGGUGCCGCAUCUUGUUUUCGCAACUUUCUAGUGUCUUUCUUAGCACGUCUCUCUACCUCUAAGCUCAAGCUUUGUCUGUUGUCCAUUUCUGUCUGCGAUCUGCCCUUGUCUGAGUCUGUAGUUGGUUUCUUUUGUUUUAAGUUUUUAGCGCUUUGAAGGUUAAUUGAGCCCUCUGCUUGUUCACCGCUUUUCUAUCCUUAAAUCUUUGCGUGGUCUGUGAAGUGUUUGCUUUCUCUGCGCCCACCUAAGCUGGUGCGUCGAAC